AUGUCUGCAUUAUUAUUAAAGUCCUUUGCAACAAGAUCUCUGGUAAGGUCUACAUUAAGAUUUGAACAAAAAGCACUCUUUUCUUAUUCAAGAAGCGUACUAAUAACCAAGAGGCCAACCAUCGAAGAUGAUAUUCUUAAAGAUAUUGGAAACAUUUCGUUAAGUAGUAUUAAAAUUAACAGAGAUAUUUCUAAAGGAACUCAAAGUAAAGCUGGGGAGCAAUUAAAACACGUUGAGACAAUUGAUAAUGUCUUUCAAUUUAGUACAUGGAAAGGUGCAGCAGUGAUAAGUAUAAUUGCAGCAACAAGUUACUAUUUUAUUAAAAAGGAGAAAGGAAGAUUGGAAAUUGAAAAAGAAGCUGAAGCAAAUAGACCUGUCGUUGGUGGACCAUUCGAGUUAAUGGAUAUGAAUGGGAAUAAAUUUACAGAAAAGGAUCUUUUAGGUCAUUUCACUAUUUUAUAUUUUGGGUUUUCUCAUUGUCCCGAUGUUUGUCCCGCAGAGUUAGAUAAAUUAGACAUUUGGUUAGGGAAAUUAGAGAAGACUCAGAAGGAGAAAAUACAACCAUUGUUCAUCACAUGUGAUCCAACUAGAGACACCCCAGAGGUUCUAAAGGAAUAUCUGAAGGAUUUCCAUUCUAGUAUCGUGGGUCUAACCGGUACGUAUGAUCAGAUCAAAGAAAUGUGCAAGACUUAUAAAGUAUUCUUUUCUACCCCUCGGGAUGCUAACCCAAAGAGCGAUUACAUUGUAGAUCAUUCAACGUUCUUUUAUCUGUUAGAUCCCGAAGGGAAAUUUAUUGAUGCAUUAGGUGAUCUCUAUGAUGAGCAGGAGGGUUUUGAUAAGAUUCAAGCUCAAAUCAAUGCAUAUUUACCACAAGCAGAGCGUCAAAAGAGAAUGAACAGAUGGUAUUCUUUUCUAUUGAAAUGA